AGCCAUUUCUGCGUGCUGUCUGUGUGUGUUUGUGUGUGUGAGUGCUUAGCGCCUUGUCCACAGAUGGCGUUGCUGUCGCUGUCGGCGCCUGGUCGGCGCUGAACUUAUUUGAAUGUGCUGCCUACAGUUCUAGCUUUUACAGAAAUUGAAAUGUCUCGUCCGUUGUCAUUUUCGAAAGAUCUGUUCAUCGCUCAAGAUGGGACUCCGAUGACCUUCAACUUGACGCGAUGCAAAAAUGUUGAAGAGUUGCAAGAUUUUAUCGAGCACGGUGGGGGAUUGGUGCAGCAGAGUCUGGGUCCAUAUACUGUGAUACUCGAAGAUGAUGCUCAAGACUCCUCAACAUUAAAACAGGAAUCGUUCCAAUCUGAUUUUAUUAUUCAUUGCUGUAGUCAAAACAAAAUUUUGCCUCUUGCACAGUUUAGAUGCAACUCUAUUAGUUGUUUUUCAGCUGGUUUCAAUCCGAAUGAUAUUCUCCAACACAAAAUUAGCUGGGAAAGUGCUGAACAUCAAUACGAAAAGACAUCAGAAGAAUCUGAAUCUGAACAAAGUGUAAGUGUGGAGGAAACAAAACAUCGCCUCACACAGGCCAAUGGUCCCAAGAAGAGGUGCAAGAAGAGGGUCGAGUACACACAGCAUGACCGAAAGAAAAUUGUUGACUUCAUCGUUCAGACACAAUCUUUUGAUCAAGUAUUGGGAAAAACUCUAUGGAAAAGAAUGGAACUGAAAAUAAAAAAUCAUUCCUGGCAAAGUCUCAAAGAACAUUUCUUGAAGCGGGUAAUGCCAUUUAUUGGUACAUUCAAUUUAUCAAAGGACGAAAUUAACAAAUUUAGAAGUGGAAUGAAAGCUGGAUCCCACUCACCAAAUUCGAAUAAAAGUAAAUCAGCUUAUUCGAGUCAUGAGGAUGAUCUCAUUCUGAAUUAUGUUUCUUGUCAUGCAAAUUCUAAGACUUCGCUUGGUGGCAACGUGUUUUGGAUAAAAAUGCAGCGUAAAAAUUACAUCAAUGACCGCACAUGGCAAUCUGUGAGGGAAAGGUACCUGAAGCAUCUCAGAUACCAGAAUCCAUCAGAUGAAACAAUUAGUGAGAGUGGGGAAGAGACUGCUGCCAAAUGUGCUACUGUGGAGACUGUGCCAGCUGCUUCUCAGGGCCCGUCUAAAAGUCUCUUGAUGAAACCACCUUGCAGGCAGAAACGGAAAUUAUUUAGUGCUGUUUCUAAAAGUUCAGCUGAAUUUUCUCCAAUACCUGUUAAAAAAACAAAAUCUCAUCUGGUAGAGAAGAAAUUCAAUAAUACUACACUUAAGAGAUUUAGAGAAAUUAUUGUUCUUAGUGAUGACGAAGAUGAUGAAGGGAUGAAUAAUAAUGUCAACCCAAGUGGUCCCAGCCUUCAAGACAGUGUGAGGCAACAUGAGUCCAAUGAAAUAUCUAGAGAUGAGCACACCACUCCUCCACUGAAUGUCGGCAUGCUAGAAGAUGAAGGUGUCAAUGGAGGAGUUGAUCUUUCUACUACCCCUGUUAGCCAUCAGUUUGUACCAUCAAACCUAUCUGAAAAAGCGGAUGAAGAAAAUUGUUCUGCAAAAUCUAGAUUUUCUCAUGAAGAAUCAGACUUGGAGUGGCCAAGUAAUUUUCCUCCAGAAGAAGUCGAAAUGGUCGAAGUGCCUCUUUCUGACAAUGAUAUUUCUGAAGACGAAGCACAUGAUCUCGAGGAUUCUGAUUGGAGUGGCCCUGGACUACUUUAUGGAGGAGGUGACGCGUUUCCUGAUGGAAUGAGUGUUAAAAUACAGCCAGAAGCUAAUCUGUCUGUAGUGAAGUGCAAUAAUGGCCAUGGCCACCGAGGGAGCGAGAGUGCGGCUCUGGAAGAGAGGCCUGAGCGGCAGUGUGAAACUAACAACAGGGACCAAUGUGAAGCAACAGUGCAAGAUUAUCUUGAAGCAGAGAAGAGGGACUGUCCUGAGGUCACUUCCACUCAUUAUGAAUCCCUACAAAGUGGGACAAACAGAGAAGCUUCUUUCAAGUUUGCCUCUCAAUUUAGUAAUUUAUAUGAUCAGUCUGUACAUACACAAGUCUCAUUUACUGGUUGCAAUGAAAAUGGGCAGUUGUUUUCCCAGUCCAAUUUCUCUGAGCCAGUUGACACAGAAGGUCAAGAUGACAGUCAGCAAAUCAGCCAUCCAGGUUUGCAAGAUACACACCUUGAGGAGCUACAUGUGUUAAAUACCCGUGAGGUAACAGUGAAUGAGGACUUAAAGAGUGUAGGAGUGCAAGUUUCUCCAGAUAACAAAAAUCAUGUUGCUGUACAAACCGAUCCAAUUUUAGUGUUACCUCUGGGAUGGAUGUCAUUGAUGUCCAGUGGAGGACUACCAUCUUUGCCAUCAAAUGUACCAACGACGAUGCAUGAUGGUUGUGUAUCCCCUGUACCUGCUAAUAUCAUGUAGUUAUUUCAUUGUGCUUGAGUUUUCUUGAAAUUAUACUACAGGCUCCAAUCCAUAUAGCUUCAAAUUCUUCAAACAAUUUUUUUUUUAGUUCUCAGCUGUAAUUUUGAUUAUUAUUAUUAUUUUGUUUUCAACUCACAAGACUUUCAGUUCUCUCUCAAUAGUAAUAAAUAUUGUCUUUGUGAAACUUUGUAAGCUCUUUUUGUGCAGUCUUCACUAGAGCUGAUGACUAAGGUACAGGCUCACGGCACGAGACGACAAAGUCCCUAAAUUUGGUGCUUUGUCAACUCAGUGUGCGUAUCUUUUCCUCAUUUUCUCACUGAGCUCAUUUUCUUACUGAGCUAAAAUAAAGUAGUUUCAGUCUCUUGUUUCCAAUA